AUGUCAAACUUCUGGUUAAUUUUAUCACGACUUUUCGCCAUUUUACACGUUGUACAUUAUGUUAACUGUACAUCUGAGUCAGAUAAUGAGGAAACAUACAACAAAUACUACAGUUAUGCGGAGCUUACCCGCCGCCUCUGGAGUUUUGUUGAAAAGUACCCGCACAUCUGCAGCCUCGAGAGCGUCGGGAAGUCGGUUGAAGGCCGGGAGCUCUGGGUGAUAAGGGUCACAGCUCAUCCUGAGAGAAACGAGCCUGGAAAACCUCGGUUCAGAUAUGUGGGCAACAUGCACGGAGACGAGGCGGUGUCCAGACAGGUGCUGGUUUACCUCACCGAGUAUCUUGUGACUCACUACGGAACUGACCCUCGAGUGACCGAGCUGGUCAACAGCACUGACAUUUACAUAAUGCCCAGUAUGAACCCUGACGGCUUUGAGAAGGCCACAGAGGGGGACUGUACGGGCAGCAGCGCGGCUAGAGAAAACGCCAAACACGUCGAUCUCAACCGCAGUUUUCCUGACCAGUUUGACCAGUUACCAAGGGUCUUGGAAAGCGAUGCCCCCGAGGUUACAGCUGUCAUGAAGUGGAUUUUACAGAAAAAGUUUGUUCUCUCAGGUAGCUUGCAUGGAGGCUCUGUAGUUGCCAGCUACCCCUUUGAUGACUCCAGCUCCCAUAUUGUGUCAGGGGUGUACAGCCAGUCUCCUGACGAUGCCCUCUUUCGCUAUUUGGCACAGACUUAUGCUGAAAACCACCCAAUUAUGAAAGAAGGCAGGCCUCAGUGCCCUUAUGACCCAGAUGAGGAGUUCAAAGAUGGCAUUACAAACGGAGCAGCGUGGUAUGAUGUACCAGGAGGCAUGCAAGACUUCAGUUACCUUCAAGGAAAUUGCUUUGAAGUCACUUUUGAACUGAGCUGCUGCAAGUACCCUUUGGCUUCAGAUUUGUAUACAGAGUGGACCAAUAAUGGGGAAGCCCUGUUGACCUACAUGGAGAAAGUUCAUAUGGGGGUCAAAGGUUAUGUCAUGACCAGUGCAGGAAUGGGUCUCCCAGGCGCAAACAUAUCAGUAGCUGGAAUUGAUCACAACAUCACAACGUGGAUAUUUGGCGAUUACUUCCGCCUGCUGCUGCCAGGAACAUACAACAUUACAGCCAGCUCCUCUGGGUACCUUCCUAAGACCGUAAACAAUGUGACAGUAAUUGAAGACAAAGCCACUCUACUGAAUUUCAUCUUAAAUAAUUCAAGUGAGGAGAUGCAAAUGCCAGGAUCUCUGACCAGUCCUGUACCAACCACAGCAUUCACUCCAGCUGGUCAGAGCUUUGACAGCCAAGUGGCUUCCACUCCUGAGCCUUUAGUCCAGCCACAAGACGUCCAUCAUCACAGUUAUUUGGACAUGGAGCUGUUCUUGCAGCAGAUUAACACAGUUCAUUCCUCUAUCACUCACCUCUACUCCAUCGGCCAGUCAGCACAGGGCAGGGAGCUGUAUGUCAUGGAAAUAUCCACUAAUGCUGGCAUUGAUCAGCCAGGUAAACCAGAGAUCAUUUUUGUGGGAAACCUACACAGCAGUGAUGCUGUUGGUAAGGAGAUGCUCUUGAUCUUGGUGGAGUACUUAUGCAGUAAUUACGGCAAUGAGGCUUUAGUCACACGACUGGUUAACAGCACAAGAGUGCACAUACUGCCUUCCAUGAACCCAGAUGGCUACGAAAUGGUAUUUAAAGCUCAAAAAUAUUUUGGCACCAACGGUGAUUUCAGUGGUGGUGUGAGAUACAGCAGUAAUCAGAACACAGACUUGAACAAGAACUUUCCUGACCUUUCUUAUGGAGAGGAUUUUGUACAACCAGAGACGGCAGCAGUUAUGAACUGGAUCAAGACUCACACUUUUGUUCUGUCUGCUAGUGUUCUCGGAGGAAUGAUUGGAGUGAAAUAUCCUAAUUCUGCUGAUUCCCUUGAUGAGGAUGUAUUUAAGUUAAUUGCUGAAGCAUGUUUUGUGAAAUACCCAUUUCUACAGUUGUCCCAGGCCUGUGACCUGCCAAGACCUCCAGACAGAAAUGAUAUUAACCCUUCAGCCCCUACAGGGAUUGAUAUGCAGACAUGGGCAUACUGGAAUACAGGCACUUUGGGAUUUACCAUUGGUCUGAGCUGUGAUCUAUAUCCACAAGCUGAAGAUCUGCUGACCUACUGGAAACAGUAUCAUGUAGUUCUGCUGCAGUUUAUCCAGCAGGUUCAUUUUUCUGUAAGGGGUAGAGUGACUGAUGUCCAGUCUGGCCAAGGCAUCGCUAACGCUACUGUAGUAGUAGAAGGCUCCAGGCACCAGGUUCACACAAGCAAGUCUGGACAGUACUGGCGGCCUCUGGCUCCUGGAGCGUACGAACUCCAGGCCUUUGCUCCAGGAUAUAGCGCAGUUGUAGUGCCGCUCAGAGUGUUGGAGACGCAAGUAGAGCAGGUAGAUAUAGGACUGACUCCAGAGCUGUUCACACACUCUGAAGGCCAGCUGGAAGAUGAAGAGUUCCAGAAGCUGCUGGAGGACCUGUCUUCAGCUAAUGCACUUGAACAGCUUGUCCAGAGCCUCCUUCCAGCUGGAACGCUACGCUACAGAACCUACAGAGAACGUUCUGACUUCCUGCAAGAACUUACACUCACCUUUCCUCAUAUCACUCGUCUUUACAGUUUGGGUCACAGCUGGGAAUUCAGGACCAUCUGGGCUCUGGAGAUCUCAGGCAGUCUUGAGUCACCUCAGCCCACAGAGCCAAAGAUACGCUAUGUGGCGGGUGUCCAUGGCAACGCUGCAGCAGGGCCAGAGCUGCUGCUGGAGUUUGCUUUUGUUCUUUGCAUAAACUAUGGUGGGAAUCCAACCAUCACCAAGCUAGUCGACAGGAGCAGGAUUGUGAUUGUGCCAUGUGUGAAUCCAGAUGGGAGAGAGUUGGCUCAGGAGGGAAAGUGUUUCUCCACUGCAGGGCUAACCAAUGCCCAUGGUGUGGAUCUUGACACAGACUUCCUCUCUGGUAGCUUGUCUGUACAGCCAGAGACACAUGCCAUGAUGGAUCUGAUAAAAGGAGGAGGCUUCUCUCUCUCUGUAAACCUGGAAGGAGGUUCUCUUCUGGUCACUUACCCCUACGACCGAACCACUCAGCCUGCACAAAAUGAAGAAACACUGAAAUAUCUUGCUGUGGUGUAUGCUGACAACCGCCUUGGCAUGCACUUUGGGUAUCCUGGGUGCCACAGUGGGCCAGAGUCAGUCCCAGGAGGAAUUCUGAGAGGUGCUGAAUUCAGCAAUCACUUGGGCAGCAUGAAGGAUUUCAGCAUAGAUGUGUCUCUGUGUCCUGAAAUCACAGUGUACACUGGCUGCUGUUUGUACCCACCUGCUGAGCAGCUGCUCUCGCUCUGGGUAGAGCACAGGACAGCUCUGUUUGCCAUGUUACUGGAGAUUCACAAGGGCCUAAGUGGUGUGGUGAGAGACAAGGAGGGCCAGCCUGUGUCUGAUGCUGUGGUCAGUGUGAAUGGCUCUGUGUUGGUACACUCAGACACACAAGGCUACUUCCAUACUCUGUUGCCUCCAGGCACUCAUCAGUUGGAGAUCCAUGCUCAGGGCUUCCAGCAACAGCUCAGACAGGUGAACGUGUCAUCGCAUCAAAUGGCAAGUCCUCUUGUGAUUGAGUUCACUGAAAACAGUACUCACUUCAGCCAGGGAGUGGUGCUCGCUGCUACUAUUUCCAUAAUAACUAUCCUGCUUUUCUCCCUCCUGAUCUGGCACUACCGCUCGGCCAAAUUCAGCCGAAUCCGUAAUGGGGUAGGAUGGUUGCGUCACUGUCAAGAUAACCUUCAAUUGGACUCCAUUGUGUCUGAGAAGUCACCCCUGCGGGGAGUGUUUCUGGAGGAAAGCGAGAGUGAGGAUGAUGCAUUCUAUCUGGAGCAGCACUGA